AUGCGCGGCGCGCGCCGCUUCUCGACGACGCGCGACUACGACAUCGUGCUCUUCGGCGCGACGGGCUUCGCCGGCCGGCUCGCCGCCGAGUACGCCCUGCGUGCCCACCCGUCGAAGCGCAUCGCCUUCGCCGGCCGCGACGCGGCGAAGCUCGAGGCGCUGAAAGCGUCGCUCGACAGCGACGCCGACGUCAUCGUCGCCGACGCGGCCGACGCCGCCGACGUCGCGCGCGUCGCCGCGGCCGCGACGGUCGUCGCGUCGACCGCGGGGCCCUACGCGAAGUUCGGCUCGCCGCUCUUCGGCGCGUGCGCCGCGGGCGGCACGCACUACUGCGACAUCACGGGCGAGGCCCAGUGGAUCGCUUUGAUGGCCCACGAGCACGACGGCGCCGCGAAAGCGUCCGGCGCGACCCUGGUGCCGGCUUCGGGCUUCGACUCGGUCCCCUCGGACCUCGGCUGCCAGCUCGCCGUGCGGCGCCACGUCGACGUCCACGGCGCCGCGCCGACGCGCGUCGACAACUACGUCACGAAGAUGCGCGGCGCGUUCCAGGGCGGCACCAUCGACACGGUCGUCAACGAGAUCACGAACCCGACGCCGAGGCCGCCGACGCCGUCCCUCGAGGGCGUCGCGAAGACGAAGAUCGACUGGGCCAAGGGCCGGCCCUUCGGCACGGUCGCCUUGGGCGGGACGACGCGCCAUUUGUCGCCGUUCAUCAUGGCCGGCGCGAACUGCCCCGUCGUGCGGCGGUCGAACGCGGCGCUGAACUACGCGGACGGCCUGAUCUACUCCGAGUCCAUGGCGCUCCCGUCGCUCAAGGCCGCGGUGACCAACGCCGCGGCGCUGGGCGUCGGCGGGGCCAUGCUCCGCUUCGCGCCGACGCGGAACCUCCUGCGGUCGCGGGGCAUGCUUCCGGAGUCGGGCGCGGGCCCGUCGCGCGCGAAGAUGCUCCGCGGGUCCUACGCCAUGUCCUUCGUGACCACGGGCGCGAACGGCGAGACGACGGUGACGCGCUGGAACGGCGCCGGCGACCCGUCCUGCAUCUCGACGACCGUCUUCCUCGUCGAGACGGCCGUCGCGCUCGCGGAGGGCGCGGCCGCCGCGCCGGGCGUGCUCACGCCCGCGUCCGCGCUCGGCGCGCCGCUCCUCGCGCGCCUCCGCGGCGCCACCUGGGGCGAGGGCGGCGACGCGCCCGUCAUCACCGUCGACCACGGGGAGGCCUAA